CCCUGAUCUUUAAACUAGAGAAGUCUUUGUGUUUAUCGAAUCCAAACUACGAGCUGGUUUCGAGACGAGGCCCCUGAAAGCUGAAGGCUCUGCCUCCCAUUCUACUUAAACCACCGCGACAUCUGCGACAACUGCUCACGCUCCCUCAUCUGUCUGGACCAGGAGGUAAGACUGGAAGUAAAAAAGAGCUGCGGCCGUUUUUUAAAUUUGCAUAUUAAACAGUAUAACUGACUCAGCUCAGAAGAUCCUUUUUCCAUCAUGAAUGCCAAGCUAACCAAAAGCAGGCAGAGAGCCAUCUGCUCUGAGCUGGGGAGAGUCAGGCUGCAGCUGCUGUACAAGGCCAGCGUCCACGGCUUCACCGGUGCAGCAUUUCACCAACAAUGUGACCACCGCUCUCCCACUGUGUCCGUGGGCUACAACAACUCUGGUUUUGUGUUUGGAGGCUACACCAAACAACCCUUUAAUCAGUCUGGAGGGUUUGUGAAUGAUGAUAAAGCUUUUCUUUUUACCUUCACUGGAGAGCAGCUCCUCAAGUAUCCCGUCACUGGUCCUGGAAAUGCAGUGAAAAUGAUCGAAAACUCUGGACCUUAUUUUGGAGAAGCACUGGUUCUUGUCUAUGGAAGCAAGCCAGUAGCGUACAGCAGUCCAGGAAAUUAUUACAACUUCACUGCUGCAGAGAUGCAUGGCAAUGAUCUCAACCUGACGGAGUGUGAAGUCUACCAAGUGGAGGAAAGCUCUGAACUUGAGAGGCCAUGGAGGACGAUAGUGUGGGAGUCUGAGAAGAGGGCGGGGCUGAUUGAGAGCAUUAAGAGCUACAAACCCACAGUCAGCUCUGUGACCCAGGCUCGGGUUUUGCUCAUCGGACCAGUCGGAGCUGGAAAGUCCAGCUUCUUUAACUCUGUCAACUCUGUAUUCAGAGGCCACGUCACCAGCCAGGCCAUAUCUGGCUCCUCCUCCACCAGCCUCACCACACAGUUUCGCUCGUACUCUGUGAAAGCCGGGCGUGAAGGGAAACCUCUGCCGAUAAUCUUGUGCGAUACCAUGGGGCUGGAGGAGAGCAAAGGGGCGGGGCUUGACAUCGAUGACCUGAACAGCAUCCUCAAAGGUCACCUGCCAGACUGUUAUCAGUUCAACCCUUCAGCUCCUCUGCAUCCUGAGGCCCACGGCUAUCACAAGUCUCCUAGACUCAAAGACAAGAUCCACUGCGUGGUUUAUGUCAUUGAUAGCUGUAAGAUCUCCAUCAUGCCCACGGGGCUGGAGGAGAAACUGGACGCCAUCCGCAGAAAGGUCAACUUAAUUGGCAUUCCUCAGCUGGUGCUCCUCACUAAAGUAGAUGAAGCCUGCCCACUGGUGAAAGAGGACGUGAGAAACAUUUACAAGAGUGGCUACAUUAAGGAGAUGAUGCAGGAGGUCAGCUCCCGGCUCGGCGUGCCGUUGUCCUGCAUCAUUCCAGUGAAGAAUUACAGCGAGGAGUUGGAGGUGGACACCGACUGUGACAUCUUGUUGCUCAGCGCCAUCAUUCAGAUGCUUCGCUUUGUUGAUAAUUACUUUGACGAGCUCAGUGACCGAAUGAGCAACAUGCAAACCAAAGAGGCGUGCCCCGCCUCUCGCCCCAUGACAGCUGGGACAGACCUGAACCUCCUGACAUGGAUGAUGUCGGAUGGAGCCUCCGGCCGGACAGGUCCACAAUAACGCGUCACUACGUGGUGAUCGUGGGAACUCUUUCGAUUCGAUGUUCAAAAAGCCAGGAUGAUGGUGUCACAUGUAAAUGCAGCGUCGUCAUUUUGUUUAUGCUUUGUUUUGUUUCCUAUUUCUACUUCAUGGUUGUUCGUGUGGUUUAGAUGCUUCAGUUUUGCACUGUUCUGGUUCAUUAUAGUCAUGUUGCUGCUGUAUGCCUCCAGCUAUGCCUUUCGGAUCUGCAACAAUAAAGGUUGU